AUGCGCGAUUUACUGAUGAAAAGAUUUGGAGAAAAAGAGGAGCUUGAUGCAAUGUUGGAAAAUCACACUCUAAAGACUAUUGCCGAUGUUUGGUGCGACAUGGACGAAGAGGAAAGAGACAAGCAAUUCAUGAAAACGCUCAUGGAAUCAGUACAACCAUUACCAGCCGAGCCAUUUGCAUAUGAAUACUACUUCCGUAGGACGUUUAUUGACAAACCAUUCAAUCAUUUGCUUAAAGCAAUACGCGAGCUCUACAGUGCUCAUCAAUCACAGUCCGAUAUCGCGGGAUUUUAG